CUCACACUUCACUAUGGCGCGUCGCAGUUUCGUCGGACAGCCCCAAAACCUCAGACGAGGGUCGGCGCAGGUCCAUGCCAGCAAGCCUCACAAAACAGAGCAGGUGUAAGCUUACCUAUUGCUGCAUUUCCACCUCGCUUCCAAUCGUCAUCUUCGCAUGUCCUCCAUUUCCCUCCCAACUCUGUUUUUCUUCUUCUGCUUGGCAGGCCAAGAGCUGGUCCUUUUGCCGUCCUCGGUUUUAUAUAUUAUCAAAUUCAACAAGGGUUACUUGUAACUGAUAACCCACAUUCUUCCACUCAGUCGUUGUAAGAAUCUGAGAAAAUGGAGCCACCUCGCAGCUACCUGCACGUCCAGCACCAAGACCAGCACCAGGACGAUGUCGAUGCUAGAUCCAGCACCGAGGUUGACGAGUCGCUAAUGGGGGACGAAAAGCAUCCCGAGUGGCACCAACCGUCACGAAAACGAAAGUCGAAGCGGACCAAAGCUGCUUCGCUGUUCCAAUCAUACCGCUGGAUCAUCGACACGUCCCUGCUCCUCGUCAUCCUCGCCCUGCUUGUGCGAGACCAGUGGCGCCAGUCCUCACCAGCACAUCCGUGGGACUUUGGAGGCGACUUCACAGGAGUUGGCCCAAAAUUCUCGCAGCAAAUCACAAAAUUCAAGUCGGACCAAUCAUUCGCCCCCAUGAACACAUCUGAGUUCUUCACCGACGAGGUUCUGAUGAAGUGGAACAUGUUGAUGCCGAAAGGCAUGGGCUUCGUGUGGGUCAACGAGACACACAAGUACCACGAUCUCCCCACACCCGUCGACUGGCCCGACAAGACCGUCUUCACCACGUCCAUGACGCACCAGCUGCAUUGCUUGUUCGCCAUCGUCCAGACGUACUCUGGCCUCAAGGCGAACCACACCAUCCCCGACGACCACCAUUGGCACAUGAUCCACUGCUUUGACUAUAUGCGCGAGGCCAUCAUGUGCAGCGCCGACAUUGCCCUCGAAGGCCACGAGACGACGUUCCCCGACGACAACGGUGGGUCCGACGGCUGGGACUCGAAGCAUGUCUGCAAAGACUACGGUCAAGUCAUCAACUACCUCGAAAGCGUCAGGGCCUAUGACGACCAGCUGAUCUAUUGAUCACUAGCUGAGAGUGCAGUCAGCACGAUCUCACGUAUAUUUAUUCAUGCCCACUCCUCUCGGUCGCGGGAGCGACGGAAUGCCUAGGGCUUACUUGAGCAUUGUACAUACACUAUUGAAUGACAUAUGGAUGUGACAGUCAAAAGAGGAUGGUUGUUAAAUAAAAACUGGACAAGGUCCAAAAGAAAUGUUAUAUCCUGUAUCUUAGUCACGUACCUACUUUAUUCUCUUGUAGUUAUCGGAUUCGGCAAAGGGUGCAAAUCCUGCGAGAUUCAACCCCUACAACAUGAAUAUCAGGGUACAUAAUCUCUUUCACAG